CGGGAGCCGGACGCCGAUGCGGAUCUGCAGACUUUACAAGUUCAGACACCUCAAAGGCACCAAGGCUGGCGAUUUAAUCACACUGAAACUCAUGCAAGCGUUAGCUGGACAUUUGAUGUAACUCCACUUACAGACUUUGCAGGUUAAAUUGGUUGCAGCAGGAGGGUCUGGUGAUGAGGUUGUUGGCAGCCUUUAGGGUCCAGAGGCCAGCUGACCUCAUACCUCCAACGUUGCUCCUCUUAACCCUGCUGGUGGCGGUUUGCCAUGCGGAGGGCACGGACUACUAUGACCUCCUGGGGGUCAGCCGGGAGGCAACGACCAGAGAGAUACGACAGGGGUUUAAGAAGCUUGCGCUCACCAUGCACCCUGACAAAAACCCUGGCGACCCCUCGGCUCAUGACAGGUUCUUGAAGGUGAACAGGGCUUACGAAGUUCUGAAAGAUGCAGAUCUGAGAAAGAAGUACGACAAGUAUGGAGAAAAGGGAUUAGACGAGCAGCAGGGAGGACGCUAUGAGAGCUGGAACUACUACAGAUAUGACUUUGGUAUCUACGAUGAUGAUCUGGAGAUCAUCACAUUAGACAGCGGGGACUUUGAAGCAGCUGUAAACUCUGGAGAAAUCUGGUUCGUCAACUUCUACUUCCCACGAUGCUCGCAUUGUCACCAGCUGGCUCCAGCGUGGAGGGAGUUUGCCAAAGAGAUGGAUGGAGUGAUCAGGAUCGGAGCGGUGAAUUGUGGAGACAACAACCACCUCUGCAGGAGGAGAGGCAUCAACAGCUACCCCAGCCUUUACAUUUACAGAGCCGGGCAGAAACCAGAGAAGUUUAAUGGAGAACGCAACAAAGACAACCUGGUCCACUUCUCCAUGCAGUUCAUCACCACGACCGUCACUCAGCUCUGGCAAGGUAACGUGUUCAGCGAGAUAGAAAGUGCCUUCUCAUCAGGUCUCGGCUGGCUGAUCACCUUCUGCUCCGACACUGGAGAUUGUCUGGAGCCACAAACGAGACAGAAGCUGGCAGGAAUGUUGGACGGCCUGGUGAAGGUGGGCUGGGUGGACUGCACCACGCAGCAGCAGGUCUGCGAGAGCUUUCAGGUGACCAGUGGAGCCACGGCUCUGUUCCCCCCGGGCAGUGCUCUGACCAGGGAGGAGAGUGUACUGUGGCUGAAGACUCUGGACAGCAGAGAGAUUUACAACCAGGCCAUGAAACACCUGCCAGACCUGGAGCUGCUGACGGCCGACAGCUUUAAGGACAAACUGGCUCGCCAUCGCUGGCUGGUCAGCUUCACGUUUGGGGACAAAAGUCCUGCCCCCAACGAGUACAAGAAACUCCAGGCUUUCCUGCGGAACGAGCACAUACAGGUGGGCAGAGUGGACUGCUCGGCAGACUCCCAGCUGUGCCAGUCUCUCUACAUCCAUAAAGCUUGUGUGGCCGUCUUCAAAGGACUGGGAAUCCACGACUUUGAAAUCCAUCACGGUAAAGACAUGCUGUACAACAUCGUGGGCUUCGCAAAGGACAGCGUCCGCGCCCAUGUGACCACUCUGAGGCCGGACAACUUUCCCUCGGACCGAAAGGAGCCCUGGCUGGUUGACUUCUUUGCCCCGUGGUGUCCUCCGUGUCGAGCUCUGCUGCCAGAGCUGAGGAAAGCUUCCAUCCAGCUGGCAGGACAGAUGAAGUUUGGUACCCUGGACUGCACCGUCCACCACGGCCUCUGCUCCAGGUAUAACAUUCAGGCGUAUCCCACCACGGUCAUCUUCAACGGUUCCUCUCUACACGAAUAUGAAGGACAUCACUCAGCUGACGGCAUCCUGGAGUUUAUACAGGAUCUGGUCAGUCCAUCCGUGGAGAUCCUUGAUCCCUCCAGCUUCGCAGAAAGAGUGAAAGGUCGAGCUGAGGGGCAGGUCUGGGCCGUAGAUUUCUACGCCCCCUGGUGUGGUCCGUGUCAGGCUCUCAAGCCGGAGUGGAGGCGAAUGGCUCGGCUGCUGACGGGGCAGGUCCUGGUGGGUACGGUGGACUGUCAGCGCUUCCAGCCGUUCUGCCAGAGUCAGGGUGUGAGGGCGUACCCUGAAAUCCGCAUGUACCCCAGCAGUCCUCGGCAGCCAGACCGGUUCACGUCGUACAACGGUUGGAACAGAGACGCUCAUUCACUGAGAGCCUGGGCCCUCAGUUCUUUACCCAGAGCGUCCGUGGAUCUGACUCCAGAGACCUUCAGAUCUCAGUUUCUGGCGGGUCACGACCACUGGGUUGUGGACUUUUACGCCCCCUGGUGUGGACCGUGUCAACACUUUGCUCCAGAGUUUGAAGUCUUGGCUCGGAUGCUGAAAGGGAAAGUCCGCGCGGGGAAGGUGGACUGUCAGGCUCAUUACCAGACCUGUCAGUCAGCGGGCAUCACCGCUUACCCAACCGUCAAGUUUUACCCACACCUGGGAAAGAAGAGGUACGAACACGGCGGCGAGCACAUCAACAGCCGGGACGCCAACGCCAUCGCCGACAUCAUCAGCCAGCGUUUACAGCAGCUGUCGCCACGGUUACAGGGCACAAAAAAGGACGAGCUCUGACAGAGCCGCUGUGAGGAAAGAGCUGCUCUCUGAUUGGUCAGAGAGAAUGCGUGAGGUUUUGAUUGGUCCAGAGAGACCGGUCAGUCACUCCUGGAGAAGACCACAGCCGGAGCGCGGAGACAGACCCCGGCCGUUACCUGCUGUGUUCUUGAAUGUACUGAACCCUUGCUCUUAUUUGCUUUGAUUUUUGUCUCUAUUGUUUGUAUUUACUCUAUGAAGUAAAACUGUGAGACAUUGUACAUGUUACUGAUACACACAUGCACACGCACACGCACACAAAUGAUGAAACAGUGCUGUAUUUUAUUGUGUAAAAACGGUUUCAGAAUAAAAGUGUUUCUCUUAAAGAA